CCGCGUCGUCAUCGUUCGCUCGGGAUCGUCCUUUUGUCCUCCGCCAACGGCCAACCCCCCGGACGAACGGCGGAAGAGCACACGCACACGCGGUGCCAUCUCCGGCGAGCAUCUCCGACGAGGCCUCGAUCGCCUUCGUACCGGCACACAUGGGUCCUGGGUUUUCCUUCUGCAAAUGGGGAGCGAGGGAGGGAGGCGAUGUGAUUAUGCUGCCGGUAGAUGGGAAACAACGGGAAUGUGCAGUUUUUUCUGAGAUAUAACUCCAUUUAAAAUUUGUUGCCGAGGUAGAUUCCUAGGAAUUUAUAUCUCGAGUUUUGGUCUCUAGGAUCAAGGGUCACACGAGCAGACCUGUGCCGCCACAGUGCGCGCGUUGUGACCGGUGCAGGAUUAUGGCGACAAAUGCUGUAGAUAACAGCUUUUUACAACGGUUUGUGUGAGUGGGAAGAUUGGUUUUGUUUUUAAGAAUUUGGGCGUGGGCUGAGGUUGCAUAUGAGGUCUGUUUUGGACAUUUACUCCGGGACUAUGGUAGUUCCUUCCUGGCCAUUGGUUUUCUAACAAGAAGUGCAGCGAUUAGGCCAUAUAUGCAUUGUAGGAACUUGAUUGAAACAAGUCUUAAAUCCAGGAUUGGGGCUCCAUCUACAGCAUUAUGGGCUCAGUCAACGGGUUAACAAGUUUGCAAGGAAAGAAACCCCUCUUCUCUUUUGGGGUCAUUUCCGAUGUCCAACAUGCUGAUAUUCCUGAUGGUCGGUCAUUCCUUGGUGUUCCACGAUACUAUCGGAAUAGCAUUACCGUAUUGCAAAGGGCAGUUAUGCAAUGGAACCAUCAUGGGAAUCUCAAAUUCGCAGUUAAUCUUGGGGAUAUUGUUGACGGAUUCUGCCCCAAGGACCGUUCUCUUGAUACCGUCUCAAGAGUUGUGAAUGAAUUCGAGAAAUUUAAUGGUCCCGUCUAUCACAUGAUUGGCAACCAUUGCCUUUACAAUCUGCCCCGUAGAAAAUUACUUCCAUUGCUGAGGAUUCCAAGCAUUGAUGGCUGUGCCUACUAUGAUUUUUCUCCAACAUCAGAAUACAGAUUUGUUGUGCUAGAUGGAUAUGACAUAAGUGCCAUUGGUUGGCCUCAAGAUCAUCCCAAGACACAGCAGGCCUUGAAAUUUCUUCAGGACAAGAAUCCAAAUUUGGACAAGAAUAGUCCGGUUGGGCUAGUGGGGAUUGAGCGACGGUUCCUUAUGUUUAAUGGAGCUGUUGGGGAAGAACAGCUUCACUGGUUGGAUAGUGUUCUUCGUGAUGCUACAAAUUUGAAACAGAAGGUAGUGGUGUGUUGUCACUUGCCUUUAGAUCCAGGUGCAUCAACUGAAGUAGCACUCUUGUGGAAUUUUGAUGAAGUAAUGGGUGUGAUCCAUAAGUACGACUGCGUGAAGGUCUGCCUUGCUGGACACGAUCAUAAAGGUGGCCAUUCGAUCGAUUCACUUGGAGUACAUCACAAAGUGUUUGAAGCUGCAUUGGAGUGCCCUCCUGGAACAGAUGCUUAUGGCUAUGUCGAUGUCUAUGAUGACAGGUUAUCGCUUUUUGGUGCCGGUAAAAUGGAGAACUGCGAUAUGCAUUUUAACCAUUGAGCUCAUGUAAACACAUCAGAGUGUAUAGAAUUUGCAUUAUUGUCACCAUCAUUGUAGAGAAUGUCUGUGUUGGGAUUCUAUUGAUUACCGGGCUUCCUUUUACGUAGCCUGGGGAAGUUUUGUCAAAAUAUGGAGCGCUGAUGCAAUGCAGCUUGACAUGCAAUUGUUGA